GUCCUUCCUCGUCGCAUGUGGUUAAAUAGUUCUUUAAAGGGCUCUCGGUGGCUCAGAUUGUGUGCUGGGAUAACCAAACUGGACCGUUUUGAUAAUCAUUAGAAUUGACUUACCUCUAAUUAAAUAAGCAAAUCAACGUUUUAAGGCUUACGUAGUGAAUUGUAACAGAAAGAAAUACGCUGAAAGCGUAAAAUCGCAAGGCUGAUGUCAGGACUGAAGUUUGGACUCGACUUGUUCCGUUAGUUUGGACCUCGCUGCAGGGCGAGGCGGCGGAUGAAUACCAGCUGAUGUUAUGCGGUUACUGUUUGCUUUGACGUGAUACUCUUCUGUUCUCCAAAACUUUUCAACGAUUUAUCGUGUAAGCGAUCGCCGUCGACAUCAAAUGAAGAAGAGUGAGACAAUGCUCUGCUAAAUUGAAAACGUGAGCUCCUCCACAGCGGUUUACAGCGCUUACAACAGCUCUCCGGACAACUCGGCACCAUGGAGUUUCAGUUUUUUGCAUCUUUUUCCUGCAUGUGGCAUUUCUUCGAUUCUCAUGUGUUGUACACAAUUCACCGUUUCGACAAAACUAGAGAAAAUUGUGGCGGCGUAGAUUACGCUCAAGAAGACUCUCCUCGUUUGCACAGUCGGCUAAAGAGCUCCCGCUUUCCUACUGGCUAACGAAGGCCAAUCACAAGAGAAGGGAGGAGCCUGCACAGACGUAGGACUAAAUUGAUUGGAUGACAAAAACUUUUGACGCUUACCCACACUCAACUUCCACGGAAACCUCCCCAGGUUCCUCGAUCCCCCCCUCACCUCUGGAGCAUGAUGUCCAAAUGCCUUCCGACCUGGAGGUUAUGACCACUCUUCUCAAAGAAGAACUGGCUCAGCUGGAGGAUUACUACCUGUACGAAUCGACGCCUAUGAAAUUGGAUAAAUGGCAAAAAUGUGACAAAAACUUACAAGCUAUGGCCACCCAGUCGUACUAUCAGUUACCUUGCCCUUCGUACGGUGCCAACCAGUCGGAAACAAAUCCCAGGCUGGUUACCCUAGCAACAGGAGAGCUCGACCUGCGGGGCUUCUGUGGCGGCUCCAUGAGUAGACCAAAAAUGUCUCGACCCAGCCCUUACAGCUACAUUCGGACGCACUGCAAUAGCCAAAGAAUAACUGCCAAUGGAUGUAAAGACGUUGAGGUGUUUGAGAAGGAAACGUGGACUUUCAAAGGGACUCAUUCAGGUUACGCGGAGUUGGCUUUUGACCAGUGCUCUGUCGACAAAACCUUUGCGAAGAACCACGCGAACGCCAAGAAGGUUCGAGAAUGUGCCAUAUUGUUGAAGGAGGAAGAGAAAAGUUGCUUCACAGAAGAUGUGUUUUACAGAGCGGAGAUGAUGAGAAGUUACGAUAUCGGUGGGUCACUGGACACCCACCACAGGAGAGAGGGCCAGAGCCACGGUACGAAGAUGCUCGGCCACGAAGGCAUCGCGAUGCCGAUUUUGCCGUGCGCUGAGAACGAAAGCUGUCCGUCAUUCAAGCCGUCAGAUGUAGCGGAGUGUUAUUUUCAUCAGAUUACUGCCAAUUUAGAGCCAUAUCACGGCUUCAUGAAUGAAAUCGAUCAGCCACUCAGAACUGAUAUCCAGAAUAAUGACUACUUGCACCAUGAAUGCCUUGGAGAUCAAAGCUUUGAAUGUCUGUCUGGAGACAGUGUUGGCUCCUCUUUGGAGUUACCUAUCCAGAAACCAAUGCAAAGGUCAAGGGAAAGUCAGUGUGUGUUUAAACCUGAUAUCAAAGUAGGUUCCUCAGAGCGACACCAUGGAGAGCGCAAGCAGAAGAAAAGGGAUCAGAACAAGUCAGCCGCCCACAGGUAUCGUCAGCGUAAGAGGGCGGAGCAGGACUGUUUGGAGGAGGAACUUCAUGGUUUGGAGGGGAGGAACAGAGAACUUCGGGACAAAGCAGAAUCUGUAGAGAGAGAGAUUCAGUAUGUGAAAGAUCUCCUGAUUGAAGUCUACAAGGCUCGCAGUCAGCGUUUAAAAGACGAUUCCAGUGCCUAAACUGUCUCUUACCAGCAUUUUUCAGCAGUCUGACAGCAUGUUUUUGCUCCAAAUAGUUAGUUAACCUCAAAAAAAGAGCUCAUGUGUUAAAAUGGUUUUGUUUUUCCAAAGUGAAAGCCGCAUGGUUUCAUGAAACUGAAAACAAAAUAUAUAACAUUUCUUAAAGCACUGUGAUGAUAGCCUUGAAUACGUUAUCUUGAUCUAGCUUGAUAUUUGACAUUAAAAUCGCAGCGAUAUAUUCAGUGGAAAGCUGUCCAUCAAGAUUUGACUGAAGUAGAAUUAGCCCUACUGACUUGUUUUAGUGAACAAAUUGUGUACUACCUAAUAUAUUUUGUACAGGCUUGCUCCAUUCUUUAUUCAUCGUGAACGAUCAUGCUUAAGAAUGGAGAAAACAUUAUGACAAAUGAUGAUAAUGGUGAUCACAUGAUAAAAUUCCUACAAGUAUUUCUUAUUGUAAUAAUGCAAAGCAUUGCAAUGUAAAUUGUCACAAUUUUUCUGUUCCUUUUAGAUUUUCAUGUAUUUCUCAUUUAUUUGUGAAAUAGCUCAUGUAAUUAAUAUACAAGUGAAAUAUUGCUUUUGCAAUUAUUCAGUUGCUUUCUAUAUAAAAACAUAUAAACUAUGGUUUAUAGCAUUUUAUGACUGAUUUGUUUUGCCUCAGGUAAGGAAUGCAUGUCUAAUACAUUGAAAAGCAUGUUGGGUUACAAUUUACUGCAUGACCCAAAAUAUGAAAUGAAUGCUUUUGUGGAUUAUUACCAUAUGUCGUUUUUUUAUGUUGUCCUUUGGCCAUUUGUUUAACACCCAUUAACAAAGUGCUUAAAAUAUGUGGUUUUUGUUUUUUAAUUCAGAAACGAUGUAUGUUAUCAGAAUGGGAUAUGGAUUGUUUUUAAUGCAGGUUUGCGGAAAACAAUCACUGUUAUUUGCUAAAGGACUUCAAUUCAAAGGAAUUUUAAUCAUUUAAACAUAAUUGAAAUGGUGCACAUCACUACAGUAGUACAGGAUACUGUGCCUCUGAAAACAGAAAAGUGUAGCAAAUCUAAAUGCACAUAUUUCUGCAGGUUCAAACGUUUCAGAAUCUACCAACACUUGAUUAAUAAAUGCAAAUUAUAUUGUGAAGUAAUUCUUAUUUUUGGUUGAUGAAUAUGUCAAUAAAUGAUUC